AACCGUCGCACCGAGCGCUCAAAAUCAAUUCACCCACGCCUCCUUCCCCUGCUCGCACCGCCCUCCCUACCCCGACCUCCACCUGCGGCUGCUGGCGGCCGGCGCCACCCUCCCUACCCCGCAUCCAUCCCCGGCUGACGGCGCGCCAUUCCUACCAGCGCCCAGACCGCGGGUACCCCUGGCCGGCGUUCCUCCCGGUGCCCAGCCGCGCAUCGGCCUCAUCGACGAGAGCCACCGGAGGAAGACGCCGCACGUCCUCGAGCUCACCGGCACGCGUGACCUCAACCUCGAGCUCGGGUGGCGGAAGAGAAGCGACCACCUCUCGCCCGCCCGAGAUGCCGUCGGCGGAGCCGUGGACCUGGGAGAACGCCGCCGCCGGAGCGACCGCCGGCUUCGCCACCGUCGCGGCCUUCCACCCGCUCGACGUCGUCCGCACUCGCUUCCAAGUGAGCGGCGGGAGGGGGUUGUCGGACCUGCCGCCGUACAGGAACACGGGGCACGCUGUCUACACCAUCGCACGAUCUGAGGGCCUGAGGGGACUUUAUGCUGGCUUUUAUCCUGCAGUUCUUGGAUCAACCGCUUCUUGGGGCCUAUAUUUCUUUUUAAUGUCUGUUUUGACAGUUAUAACAGAGCUAAACAAAGAUACUCUCAGGGGAAGGAUGUUCAGCUCCGUCCAUUCGACCAUCUUGUCUCAGCCGCAGAAGCAGGUUUGCCUGUUUACAAAUCCCAUAUGGCUGGUGAAAACACGAAUGCAACUACAGACACCUGGACAUGCUUCACCUUACUCUGGAUUUUCUGAUGCUUUGAGAACUAUUCUGAAAGAGGAGGGAUGGCUAGCACUUUAUAGAGGGAUUGGACCUGGACUUAUGCUGGUCACCCAUGGGGCGAUACAAUUCACAGCCUACGAGGAGCUUCGCAAGGCUAUGAUAUUUGCCAAAAGUAAACAAACAAGCACAGACAACAGAGGCAGCGAGGAUUUAUUGAAUUCCGUUGAUUACGCGGCACUUGGGGCUGGUUCAAAAUUAUCUGCUAUUCUGCUUACUUAUCCUUACCAGGUUAUCCGAGCCCGCUUGCAGCAACGACCUGGUAGUGAUGGUACCCCAAAGUACUCAGACAGUUGGCAUGUAGUUAAGGAAACUGCAAGGUACGAAGGUGUCCGUGGAUUUUACAGGGGCAUCACAUCCAACUUACUGAAGAACCUUCCAGCAGCUUCCCUCACGUUUGUGGUGUAUGAAAAUGUUAUCAAACUACUCAGAGCAUCCAAGGACAAGGCAUAGUUCCAACUUAACUCGACCAAGGAGAAACAUAGGAGGAAAAUAGGAAAAGAGAGAAUUGUUCCAUCCAAAAUUCCAAAUACAUAAUCUGCUCCCACUAUCCCGAGUUCAACGUGAAUACGUGAUAUUCUAUCGCAUUUCUUAGUUCAGGUGUUAUUCAGUUAACACCAACAGAUUUUGUUUUGACAAACAUUCUUUGUAGAGGAUAAUCCAUUUACCAUCUCUUCAGCAAGGAAUACUUCGAGUUGUCCAGUUGAAUAGUACUCUCGAAUACACUUUGUAGAGCUGCUGGGUUACGGUUGAACAUGUGAUGUUCCUGGUGUACUAAAUAUUUUCAUAACACAGUAUAGCUUUUCCUUGCUGCGUA